AUGUUCCGCGGACUCCAGGGGACUUCAGCUCGCAUCGCUUAUAGCAAUCUUUUCUUACAAACAUCUCAUGUAAAUACUCAUAACAUUCGUGACAGUACAUUGCGCUUCUUGUCUCGUCAGCAACAGCCAAAAUUGUUUUUGCUCCGUCAAACGAGUCGUCAUGAUGUUGUUUUGACUGCUAGUAUGGGACUCGUAUCCGGCGGUAUUCUCGUCACUUCAGUGCUCCAUCAGCACAAGGAAGAUACGUACGGUAAAGAUAUUAUUACAAGUUUGUAUGAAGAUGGAACUGCCAUGUUUUACCGUGGAAAUGGACGUCAGUUUGAUAAACCGUGGUAUGACGAUACAAACAAGAAGGUCAUUGCAUUAUUGAUUGCAGCUAAUACAAUGGUCUUUGGACUCUGGCGUGUAUCAUUUCGCAAUAUUCGAUUGCAUCAAUUUAUGUGGAGACAUUUUGCCAGUUCAUACGACAGUGUCGUGUUUGGUAAACGGUUUUAUACUUUAUUGACCUCAUCUUUUAGUCAUAUGACGUUUCCACACUUUGGUAUCAAUAUGUUUAUGUUGUGGGAAUUUGGACCGCAUUUAAUAGCACCAGGUAACAACCAUAAAAGCUCGACGGCUUACUACAAUCAAAUCAUUGCAAACUCAAAGUUAGCACCAUUUGUCUUGAGGGACAAGGAGUAUACGUUUCGUCGUGGACCGGAAUUAUUCUCGAUGGAAAAGUUUAUGGCAUUCUAUUUAACGUCUGCAGUAAUAUCGUCGGCGCUAAGUGCUUUCAUAUCAAAGCUACGACGAAAUGGAGGAGUAUUCUCCAUUGGUGCAAGCGGUGCAGUUUCGGCAGUCUUUACUGUAUCAUGUCUUAUGUUUCCUGAUGAACGGCUUCUACUCUACGGACUCUUUGAGAUGACGUCGACACAAAUGCUGCAGUUGUACACUGCGCUCAAUCUCGUUGGCGCCGUGUUCCAGCGCCAUCUGCGUAUUGACUGUGUAGGUCACCUGGGCGGCCAAAGCGCAGGUUUUGCUUUCUACCAAGCUCCAUUUCGCAACGAGGACGAAACACAAUGA